GGAGCAGGACGCCGAGAGAACUACACGCUGGAGGCGGGGUCCAGAGCGAGGGAAUGUAUAAUCCUGGCGGUGGCGGAGAAGGUUGUAGCGGCAGCAUGAAGCGAACCCCGACUCCCGAGGAACGAGAACGCGAAGCUAAGGAAUCUCAUUGUAGAACUCCUACUGGCUUUGACCCCGCAACAUCUGAAAAGGCAAGACGCGGACAGAAGCUGAGGCUGUUCGAAGAGCUUGAAGACACGUGGCUUCCUUAUCUGACCCCCAAAGACGAUGAGUUCUAUCAGCAGUGGCAGCAGAAAUACCCCAAGCUCGUCCUGCGGGAGGCCGGCAGCGUGCCCGAGGAGCUGCACCGAGAGGUGCAGGCGGCCUUCGCCACGCUGCACAAGCACGGCUGCCUGGCCCGGGACCUGGUGAGGGUCCAAGGCAAAGACCUGCUCACGCCGGUCGCGCGCCUCCUCAUCGGCAACCCGGGCUGCACCUACAAGUACCUGAGCACCCGGCUCUUCGCGGUGCCCUGGCCCGUGCGCGGCUCCAACAUCACCUACCACGAGGCGGAGGUCGCCACCGCCUGUCAGACCCUCCUCAGCCUCAACAGCUACCUGCAGCUGGAGACCGUCCAGGCCUGGGAGGAGCUGGUUGCCAAAGAGAGAGCGAACAUCGACGAGGUGCCCGUGUGCAUCGGUCCUGACUUCGGCCUGGGGAUCUUCGACGGGCCGGACGAAGCGGACAUCCGGAGCAGGUCUGCGUACAACGUGACCUUGCUGAACUUCAUGGAUCCCCAGAAAAUGCCCUACCUGAAGGAGGAGCCUUAUUUUGGCAUGGGGAAGAUGGCGGUGAGCUGGCACCACGACGAGAACCUGGUGGACAGGUCGGCGGUGGCCGUGUACAGUCACAGCUGCGAAGGCCCGGAAGAGGACAGCGAGGAGGACUCUCCCCUCGAAGGCAGAGAUCCUGACACCUGGCACGUUGGUUUCAAGAUCUCCUGGGACAUAGAGACACCGGGUUUGGCGAUACCCCUUCACCAGGGAGACUGCUACUUUAUGCUCGAUGACCUCAAUGCCACCCACCAGCACUGCGUUUUGGCUGGCUUACCACCUCGGUUUAGUUCCACCCACCGAGUGGCAGAGUGCUCGACGGGGACCCUGGAUUACAUCUUGCAGCGCUGCCAGCUGGCUCUGCAGAAUGUUGGCGUUGUGACCGAUAGUGGGGGUGUCUCCCUGAAGUCCUUGGAGCCUGCAGUUUUGAAACAAGGAGAAGAAAUCCACAACGAGGUGGAGUUCGAGUGGCUGAGACAGUUUUGGUUCCAAGGCAGUCGACCCCGGAAGUGCACCGACUGGUGGUGCCAGCCCAUGGCUCAGCUGGAGGAGAUGUGGCGGAAGAUGGAAGGGGUGACAAAUGGGGUGCUUCAUGAAGUGCGAAGAGAAGGGGUCCCCGUGGGACAGAGGAAUGCCAUGGUGACCGCCAUCCUCGCCUCGCUCACCACGCGCCAGACCCUGCGGAAGGAGUGGCACGCCAGGUGCCAGUCCCGGAUCGCGCGCACCUUACCCGCCGACCAGAAGCCAGAGUGCCGGCCGUACUGGGAGAAGGAGGAUCCCGCCAUGCCCCUGCCCUUUGACCUCACGGACGUCGUCUCGGAACUCAGAGGCCUGCUCCUGGAGCCCACACCCUAGGAGGCGUGUAUGUGUCAGGGGAGGAGGGAAAGGCCAUUCUUGGCUCUUCUCCUCCAUCCCCGUCACGGGCAGUGUGGGUAGGCGCGGCCUUUAGAUGGUAGAACCCAGGUCCCAGCUAGAAACGGCUGGGCAGUGGGGCCCUGGGAUGUCCAGUGUUUGGAAUGGCCCAGUGUGAUCACCCGAUUUGAUAUUAAACAGGACCUCCCCCCACCCCCCACGAUUGUCCCCACUUGGAUUUUUAAUGCGAGCCGUCCAGCUCCAAGGCCAAGGGAGCGGCCAGGGUGAGCCCAGCCUGUGUCAAGUCCCAACCUCCCUCCUUCCUCAGCCUCCACAGAGCAGCAAGGGCAGUGACUAGCACCGCCUGGGGACCACAGAGCUUAGGGACCCCCUCCCCGUUCCUCACUGCACCGCUCAGAGGCUGCGGGGUCCAGUGUGGCAGCCGCCAGCCACGCGUGGCUCCUUACAUUUAAAUCCGAAGUUCGUUGCACCCAAACAUUCAGUUCCUUGGGGGUGGGAGCCCUGUGGCAGGUGGUGAGUGGCCACAUGUGGCUGCCGACUGCUGCCCUGGCCAGCGCCCUAUCUUUUCCAAUCUUUUCUCUGGCCCCCCCACUUUGCACAUAAUGACAGGUGGGGUUGAUGGCAUUGGAGCCUCAGAGAGACAAGGUUGAAACCUGGGCCCCGAUCACAACUCCCUCCACCAGCCUGGUGACCUGGGGCACAUUGCUGGGCCUCAGUUUCCUCAUCUGUGUAAUGGGCACAGGGAAGACACCCGCCCCUAGGGGGAAGUUAUUUCGCCACAGACGUCUUGGAACACUUUGUGACCUGGCGUUAAAUACC